AUGCCCAGGCAACAACGCCGCCAGCCCCAGAAGCACAGCCGCCUCCGCCUGCAGGCUGCAGUUCCGCCGAUCGUAGCACCGGCGCCGCCCGCUCGCAGCAUCAAUGGCGGCGGUGCCUCGCAGCAACCGCGGCGGCGGCAAGCAGCACCAACGGCAGCGGAAAGCAGCAACGGCACUAGCAGCUUGCAGCAAGCAAGGCGGCGAACGGCGGCGGCGGCAAGUAGCAACGCCGACGGCAGCAACCUCGACGGUGGCAAGCAACAACGGUGCCGGCAGCUCGCAGCAAGCCAGCAAACAUCGCCGGCAGCAAGCGGCAACGCCGGCGGGGGCAGAGCAGCACUCGCGCUUGCGGAAAGUAGCAACGACGCCGGUGGCUCGCAGCACCCGCAAGCAGUAACGCAGUCGGCAUCAAAGGAGCAGUCGCGGUGGAGGAAAGUAGCAACGGCGCCCGCGGCUCGCAGCACCCGCAGCAGCGGCAAGCAGCAAUGUCGGCGCCGGCAGAGCAGCAGUCGCAGUGGCGGAAAAUAG